AUGUCAGGAAUCAUAACUGCUCUGACGAAAGUUUCAGCCGCACAGCCCCAAAUUACGCUAAGCACGAUUGACUGACUUGGUUUCAAGCCGGACUUCGAUCUCAACAGACAGCUUUUGGUCAACCUCUGCUCGUAUUGUCAUCAUGUCCCCUGUUACUGCCUGUCUGCUGGCCCUGCUGACGGUGGGGUUCCUUGUGGUCAAGCAAGACGCCUCGGUGCUCCAAGAGGUAGAAGCUGACGCCUUGGCGGUGGAAGAAGCCGAACGUGGCACGAGUGUGUCAGACAAGAUAACGCAGUUGACCCAGGGAAUGGAGACGUGUGUAGACAACGAAGACAUGAACUGUUUGUUGGCGUAUUUAGACGAUAAUGUCCGAGUGAUGCGGGAGCAUCACCCAGUUCAGAUUGGAAAAACUGAGGCCCGAAAACACAUGAAGUGGAUAGAGCAUGAUUUCGACGCGACCUUGGAAAUAAAGGAGAUCACACCUAGUACAGACGGAUCCAUCGUUGUGGAGCGGCUUAAAAUUACCAUGAAAUUCCCCAACGGAACUUCUAUCUUUAACGGGAAGGGAGUGUUUGUUUGGAAGAAAGUCAACAACGACUACAAGGUCUACAUCGACAUAUUCAAUGACAACUAACACGCGUACGCUGUAAAUGAUGGCUCUAAACAUGACGGCACGGAAAGACACGGAUUGAACAAAAAUUUAAAUUACCGGAUAUUUAUGAAUUACUAAAUUUGAACACUGAAGGUGUAUUAAUACAAUCAAGUAACACUGUCGAAAUUCGAAUAAGGGGUGAUGGGUCAAACAUAUUAAAGGUAAACCGUAAAGGAAUAAAUGUUGUAAUAGUCUAUUUGAACUUGAAGAGACCAAGCCAUUAAGCCCCGCCCACUGCGCACGUGGGUGACAACUACUGCUGAUCUCCAUUACUAAUGAUGAUCAAUGGUGACAACACGUGCGCCUCUACAAUGCGGCAGCUGGUUCGUAUUUGACUGCGUUGUACACGCGCGCGCACGCGCGCACGCGCGCACCACUGAUUAUUAGCGCCCAUUGGCUCGCAGAGGUUCCAACGCUACUCCUUGUGCAGUGGGCGUGGUUUAAAGGCCCAUGGCUCUGCUUAUUGUUAGCGAAAAAGGCCUGCUUACUGAGCGGAAUUUCAUGAUUACGAAAGCAUAUUUAGGCCAUCAGCCUGGGGGUUUGGCCGGUAUCAAAUCAGGGCAUAAAUGAUUAUAGUGCGCAUGA